AUGCCACGAGCAACCACUCCCAAGGACAAAACACGCCACGACCCACUUCAUGUCCAGAUAGGCGAGGAUGAAACUUAUGCUAAAUUCGGCCGUGUUAGCACCAACAAACGGGGCAAGAAGCGAAAGAGCGAGAACCAGGAGGAACUGGAGACAGCGCUUGACGAAAGGACCUCUCGCAAGAUCUUUGACCUAGCAAAGGACCAGCAAGAAGAGUUAGAUUUGGUUGACGAAGGUGGUGUAGAGGAUGCUGAGGAAGAGUCCGAUUCCGUCGAGCAACUAGACAACACUAGGAGCGCUAGGUCUCCGGCUGCACAAUAUAGCGAUGAUGAUGACGAAAACGAAUACCCAGAGGAAGAAUAUGAGGAACUGGAAAUCGACCCGGAAGAUAUGACUGCACUCGACGCUCUCAUGCCAUCCAACGUCGAAACAAGGAAGACAUUAGCUGACAUGAUAAUGGAAAAGCUCAACGCUGCCGAAGCGGCAACAGGAGGAACAGAAAACAAAACAAUACGAAUAUCAGCCAAGCCCGAUUCAAGGGAAGCCGGGCCUCCCAAUCCGGCUGAAGGCUUGAACCCCAAGGUUGUCGAAGUGUAUACUAAAGUUGGGCAGCUGUUAAAUCACUACAAGUCUGGACCUCUCCCUAAACCGUUCAAGGUCUUACCAUCUCUUCCUCAGUGGGCCCGACUUCUCGCUCUAACCAAACCCCACGAAUGGACCCCUCACGCCCAUUAUGCGGCUACGAGGAUGUUGGUCUCUAAUCUCAAACCAGAGUCCGUUCGUCACUACCUGGAGGGUGUGCUUUUGGAAGCUGUACGAGAUGACAUUCGUAUCAAUGGGAAACUAAACGUCCAUCUAUAUGAUGCGCUAAAGAAAGCGGUGUACAAGCCUGCUGCAUUUUUCAAGGGAAUCGUGUUUCCUCUAUGCGAGACAGGAUGCACGCUCAAAGAAGCAGCUAUUGUGGCUUCUGUGCUCAUGAAAGUCAGCGUGCCAAAUCUGCAUUCUGCCGCCGCGCUCUUGCGACUAGCUAGCAUGGACUACUCUGGACCCAACUCGCUCUUCAUUCGUAUUCUUUUGGAUAAAAAAUACGCCCUCCCUUACAAAGUUGUUGAUGGGCUGGUGUUUCACUUCAUUAGGAUAGCGAAUACACACAAGGGAUCCCGGGCCGAUGGUGAUAAGCUGCCUGUCUUAUGGCACCAAAGCUUGCUCGUUUUCUGCCAAAGAUAUGCAUCAGAUCUGUCUCCUGACCAGAGGGAUUCAUUGCUCGACGUGAUACGUGCUCGUCCACAUGUGCAGAUUGGACCAGAAGUCCGCCGAGAACUUAUCAACGCGGCUUCCAAGAGUAACCAGCGGGAUAAUGACGUAGAAAUGCAUUGA